CUCCCCCCAAGCCUCAAUCAGCCAACACAAAUUUCGAUAGACUCGGGAGCUGACGCCGAUCUCAGAAUGUUCUUCGCGCCAAAUUACCCUUGAAUUCUCCUUGACAACGCACAAUUGCAUCAUCGUUCGGGGAUCGACCCCGAUCUCGUGCACGAUUACCGCGCUCCAUCGAUCGAUCGUUUGCGAUGAAAAGCCGAUCGUAGAUUUGUGACCUGUGUAUAUCGAGUUAAAAGUCGAGGUUCGUGUCUGCCGUUCCCCUGUCAGUGCUUCAGAUUUUGCAUAGAGUAGUGGUGCAGCGGCACAUGAAGUGUGGACAAACCGGAGGCGAUCAACUGAUGCAUCACCCUGGUCUUGUGCCUGUGAGUACGGAACAAUGGGAGUAUUAAAGACACGGUAAGAUCCAAUACAAGGCAUAGCUGCAGUAGUAGAAGAGACUUGCUCCUCUUUUCUUUUAGUUUUGCAUUGUCAUCUCCAGCGCUCAUCAUGUCCAUGACAGACCUCCACGACGGGCUAUCAGGCCUCGAUACCGAGUCGCUGCGAUCUAUGCGAUCUUUGACGGAAACUCUACCAGAUGAGUAUCAUGAAUGGAUGCUCGAAUCAGGGAGAUCUUCACGAAAUGAUCAAAUUCUCGACGAUUUUCCCCACCCUCCAAGCCGAACGAAGGGUCUUGAUGUUAUCGCCGAAGAACAAGUGAUGAUCGACGCGCCCUACGAAGAACAAGCAUACCCCACACCACGGUCUUCAAUCAAGAACUUGCGACGCACUGUCACGACCAACGAGCUCCCUCUGCUCCAGGAACUCAAUCCCUACGAAGGCGCAGAAGAAUUCAAUCCUGUGAAAGAAGAUGGUGCUUCGUAUGAUUUGAUUGCGCCGUGGGACGGUGUGGAUGCGCCGCUUCACAAAUUGGAGCGCCUCUCGGAGGUGAUGUUUGGAACGGAGCACAUGCUGACCAUUCUCAAUAACCCGCGAUAUCUCGCCAGAUUCCGGGAAUUCCUUCUUGAUGAGCGACCACGGUCCAUUUCCACUCUUACAUACUAUCUGAAUGCGACCAAGGCCUUGAAAGCGCUUGAAUACGCCAAUGCGCUGGUCCGCCUGUCAACGGACGUUCCACCGCCAGCCGUUCAAGCAGUUCAAACGGAUACCGCAGCCGUCGGUAUCACGACUAAUAAGGUACUUGAGCAGCGCGUGGAAGAUGGACUCAAUGCAUUGACGGCCGAAGAGCUUCCUGCGUUUAUUACGUCGAGGUGCAUUACCAUUACCAGCAAGAUUGUCGAAGAGCGCGUUCGAGGAACGCUACCCAUGAAGUUUAGAGAAACUUCAAACGCAUUGGCGGAAGUGUUCUGUUUGACAGAUCCAUCACGGCCGGAUAAUCCUAUCAUUUUCGCGUCGCAAGAAUUCCACCGAACGACGCAGUACGGGAUGGACUAUGUGCUUGGACGCAAUUGCCGAUUCCUUCAAGGCCCAAAGACAAACUCCAACAGUGUACGUCGGAUUCGCGAAUCCUUGAAAGAAGGGCGACACCACUCGGAGCUAUUCCUAAAUUAUCGACGCGACGGCUCCCCAUUCAUGAACCUCCUCCAAUGCGCACCCCUCUGCGACAGCAAAGGCCGAGUAAAAUAUCACAUCGGUGCCCAAAUCGACGUCUCCGGUCUUGCCCUAGACGGAGCACAAAUGGAGUCCCUCAUUGAUCUCCAAUCACGCUACCGCGAUCCCGACGAGGAAAGCGUCGCAGAAAUGCCCAUUGCACCACACAAAGACGAAUUCCGAGAGAUGUGCGAGCUAUUCAGCCCGAAAGAACUUUCUGCUGUACAAGAGCAUGGUGGUGAUCUCUUCCAGCCGCUGAAUACGCGUUCAGCGUCGCGGACGCAGCGACAUUGGCUUCCGCGGAAUGGUUCGAUAGAUAGCGAGGCCGAGGCUAUCCGUCUGAGGGAUGUCAAGUCUCCUCUUUUCCGGGGAUCCUUGACGGGUGUCUAUGAAAAUUACCUUCUUGUACGACCCUAUCCUUCCCUCCGUGUCCUCUUUACCUCGCCAUCCCUCCAGAUCCCGGGUAUGCUACAAUCGUCAUUCUUCGCGCGCAUCGGAAGCUCUUCAGCCGUCAAGGAGGAGCUCAUGGCUGCCAUGCAACAAGGUCACAGUGUCACGGCGCGGAUCAAAUGGGUCACACGAUACAACAGCGAAGGUCGCAGCCGCUGGGUUCAUUGUACUCCGCUUUACGCUAGUAAUGGGCAAAUCGGUGUGUGGAUGGUGGUUGUUGUCGACGAUGAAGAGGAGCAGAUCCCGCUGAAUUGGCGAAGCCCGUAA